AUGGCUGGGCCACAGUUUGGCGGUCACCUCGCGGCCGGAUCUCUCCUGCUAUUGCUGUUGACCGGGGCCCUGGCAGAAAGACCCCUGCUGUUCGUGGCUCUGGUGUUCCGCCAUGGUGACAGGGCCCCACUGGCCUCCUACCCCACGGACCCGCAUAAGGAGGCGGCCCCCACCUUGUGGCCACGUGGUCUGGGCCAGCUGACCAGGGAGGGGGUCCAUCAGCAGCUGGAGCUGGGCCGCUUCCUGAGGAGCCGCUAUAAGACCUUUCUGAGUCCUGAGUACCGAAGGGAGGAGGUGUACAUCCGCAGCACGGACUUUGACCGGACGCUGGAGAGCGCUCAGGCUAACCUCGCUGGUCUCUUCCCUGAGGCUGCUCCCGGGACCCCCGAGUCUAACUGGAGACCAAUCCCCGUACACACGGUGCCUGUCACUGAGGACAAGCUGCUGAGAUUCCCCACGCGGAACUGUCCCCGCUACCGUGAGCUGCUUCAAGAAGCCACACAAACCGCUGAAUACCAGGCUGCCCUGGAAGGCUGGACAGACUUCCUGACACGCCUGGGCAACUCCACUGGGCUGUCGCUGGUUGGGGAGCCGCUUCGUAGAGCAUGGAAGGUUCUGGACACGCUGAUCUGCCAGCAAGCUCAUGGUCUUCCCCUCCCAUCCUGGGCCUCCUCAGAUGUCCUGCAGACACUCACCCAGAUCUCAGCUUUGGACAUUGGGGCCCAUGUAGGCCCACCCCGGGCAGCCGAGAAAGCCCAGCUGGCAGGGGGUAUACUGCUGGAUGCCAUCCUUGCCAACUUCUCGCGGGUCCAGCACCUGGGACUGCCCCUGAAGAUGGUUAUGUACUCAGCUCACGACAGCACGCUGCUGGCCCUCCAGGGAGCCCUAGGUCUGUACGAUGGUCACACCCCGCCAUAUGCUGCCUGCCUUGGCUUUGAGUUCCAGAGGCGCCCUGGGGUCCCAGACGAAGAUGGAAGGAACAUCACAGUCUCCCUGUUCUACCGCAAUGAUUCCUCUCAUCCGCCCCUGAUCCUCAGCCUCCCUGGGUGCCCUGCCCCCUGCCCAUUGGGCCGCUUCCGCCAGUUGACAGCCCCGGCCCGGCCCCCGGCACAUGGGACCCCCUGCCACAACGUCCAGGAGCCCGCCACCCCUGCAGCCACCAUGGUGCCCCUGCUGGCUGGAGCCGUGGCUGUCCUAGCAUCCCUGAGCGUGGGGCUCAGCCUCCUAGCCUGGAGACCUGUCUGCCUGCGGUCCUGGGGGGGCCCUGUGUGA